UCUGUGAUUGCGUGUUGCGUCCUUCUCGAGAAGGGAAUAUUUUUCUAAAAACAUUUUAAAACUAUAUAAACUGAUACUUUAAAUAUAUUUAAGAAAUGUAAUAUGUAUAAUUCAAUCGUAAUUCUAAACAAAAUAUACAGUGUUACAUUCAAAUGGUCAUAUUGACCCAAAGGCCAUAAGUUCAUGGCUUCAAUUGCUUGCACGGUGAAGUUUCCCAAUAUGGAAAAGAAAUUUUGAAUAUUUCUAGUGUAUGUUAACCUAUAAUGUUGUGAAUUUGAAGUUCUUAUAAGCAAAAACCGAUAAGGCGCUGUUAUUAAGACCAUAACGAUGGUUGGUUUGAUGAUGAAGUCAUUGAACCUAUAUGCGGCUUUCUGACAUUGUAGCGAAUCGGAAGUAUGUAAAUAAACAUGAAUGAUACAGAUAUUAAAAUAGUGGAAUCUCCGAAAGAGUUGGUAGGAGUCGAAGUGUCCCCUGCGUCGGAGGUUAACAACGAGAAUGAAACAGAUCCCUUGUCGAUUGACGAUGAAGUGGACGUAAAGCAUGAACCUGCUGAUGAGGGUGCUGAGAAAGAUGAAGUCUGUGAUGACAAUGCCAAAGAAACUGUAACUGAGCCCGAAAAGGAAACUAAUCACUUGGAGACCACUAAAACUAAUGAAGAUGAAAUAAAAGAGGACUGUACAGUGAAUGAGGAGGAAAAUGUGCCCACAGAAGUGGCAGUUAAAGUAAAUGAUAUUCAAGAGGAGAAAACUACAGAACAGCCGUCUGUGGGAACUCCCGCUAAGGAACCGGAGCCUGUCGACCGACCCAUAGAGGUUGAAGACAGUCCCAAGGUUGUGGAGACGGAGAAGGUGGCGACCCCUGAUGUUGAGAUGACAGAGGUGCAGCUGGUCGAUAAGAUCAAUAAGGAUCCCAAACCCAGCAUACAAACAAUUAACGGGGAUGUUUCUAAGGACGAGCAACUGAACAAACGGAGAGCCAGUCAAGAUAUAGACACUGAAUCUCCUCUGAAGAAAUUAUGCGCGGAAGUCGAGAAGACGUUCCCCCAGCAUGACGUCAUGAUAAACGACUACAUCCAGACGGCGACCAAGAACAACGUGGACGAAAUACAGAGGCACACCGAGCAACUGCUGUCCGAGAUACAGACGCUGAGGGAGCUGGCGCAGAAGAAGGAGCACGAGUGGAACAACAUCCUGCACCUCAAGAAAGUCAAGGAGGAAAUACUGCUCAGGCUGCUCAGGCGGAAGCAGGUGCUGGCCUUCGAGAAGAGCGCCGACGUCAACGGCAGCGAGCGGACCGACCCCUUCGACUACCUCAACCAGGCCAAGAACCUGGCCAUCGAUAAGAGCGAUGACAUAUCCGGCCUGGCGAUCAAACAGCCGGGCUCCGCCAUAGUCAACCCCAUCAUGCAAGCGCCCAUCAUGCCCGUGACGUCACACUUCAACCCCAUGUCAGGGCUGCCACCGCCCUACGACAAGGCCGCUCACUUGCAGUCGAUGCCCAAACCCAACCAACUAUUCCCGCAGGCUAUGAUGAUGCCGGGCCAUCUGCAAGGUUUCCCCAGGGAUAUGAACGGUCAGCUGCCAUCUAGCUACGGAAUGCCGAUGGGGCGUCAGGGGCCGACCAAAGACGUGAAGAGCAUUAUAGCCGAUUACAGGCAGAGGAAUCCUGAGAUAACUCCUCGCAGGGGGAGGCGGAUGAAGCCCAUCGUCAACCCCAGCAUGAUGAACCAGCCGCGACCGAUAGCCCCCAAGGUGGACGCCAUGAACAGUCUCAGUAAUCUCAACAUGCUGUUCAACAAUUUGGACAUGAAUCAGAAGGCGAUGAUAGAGCGUCUGCAGCAGAUCCAAGCGGGCGGGCUGCCCAACGGUCUGUCGUUCAAGGACGUGUUGGUGCAGGUCGCCAACAUGCAGCAGAACAACGCCGGCCUCAUGGCCGCCAGGGCCCACGACGUGAACAGGCCCGAGCGACGGCGGCAGGAGCGCGGCGAGGACCCGCCGGCCCCGCCCGCUCCACCCGCCCCGCCCAAACAGGCGGACAGGCUCGCCGCCUCCAGCCCCCGCCUGCCGCCGCCGCCGCCAUACCCGGAGAUAUCGCUCCUGCCGGUCAGCACCGCCCAGGACGCCUCGCACACGCAGCAGAACUCGCUGCUCCACGGAAUACUGACCAAGCAGGCGUCUCCCGCGUCUCAGUGUUACUCCCCGACGUUGGCUAAACUGCUGACGUCGCCGGAACGGAAACAGAGCGCUCCGCCGUUGCCAACUUUCGGUCAGGCCAAGAACUGCGGCGAGAUCACGAUAACGCCGGUGCAGCCCGCGCCGCCGGACGCGGAGAAGACGGAGGUGGUGCAGCUCGAGGAGGAGGAGAGCGGCGCGUCCGAGGAGUCCGCGGGCUCGGCGUCCGCGGGCUCGGGCUCCGGCUCGGGCUCCGGCCGGCUGGUCAUCGACGAGGGCAACGACGAAGCGCCCACCUGCCAGGGCUGCCGCUCGCGACUCGCGCAGUUCGUGUGCGCCGGCUGCGCCAACCAGUGGUACUGCUCCAGGGACUGCCAGGUGGCAGCGUGGGAUGACCACUCCGAGAUGUGUUCCGGAUGAUCUCUGUAACUCUGUUGUAUUUUCCUGUGAAUGUUUGGAUCUCGGAUGCUUAUUUUGGAUGCGGUAUUAUUUUCUGUAAAAAUUGUGUACUGAUUUUGUGUGUAAGAAAUGUUGAUUGUUUUAUAUGAGACAUUAUCUAAGAGUGUGACUCCGGAACCUCCCAAGUUACAGAGGUAUUAGAAGCGAUGUAUUGCACCCGUUAAUUUAAGCAUAUUUUUUCCUAAGCGAAUGAAUCUAACGCGUGUAGAGCCCACUAAGCAUCAGUGUUGACAAUACGAGAACAAGUUUUCCUUCUUCUACUGAGUGGUUCAGUCGAGACCACUUGAGUAUACUUUUUACAGUAUUUUCUACAGUUUUCAUUAAUUUUUUAUUUAAUGUCAUAAUAAUUAAUUUAAUUAUGUUACUAUAUUUCUUCUCCUGUGUAUAAAUAUGUUGGUGAUAUUUUCCUACUUUGGGUUUGGCCAUUCCUUAUAAUAGAUUUAAGUAUUUAUGUGAUGCGAGCGUUCUCAACCUGAACAUCUGUUUGUAUGAAGUUAACAUUCAUUGCUGUGUUGAGUUCCGGCGCUGGGUAAUGUAAUAUAUUCUCUAUGACAAAUCUCAAUGUUAUAUAUACAAAGACAGCGGACGGCUUGUUUAUAGUUAGUGAUAUAACUUGCGUUUUCUUAUUUGCCUCUGUAUUUAGAUGUAGUAAUUAAAAAUAAAAGUGGCCUAAUAUAGUUGACAUGUAUAGCAGCUAUGAUUUAAUAUAAUUUUCACCAUCAAUAGUAACUACUCUAUUAUUUCUGUAUGUGGAAACAAUAUUCAGAUAUAUUUUUGUUAACCUGACAUUCCUCCGGUUUGUCAAUCAAACUUAAGUCAAUGUUCGAAACGCCUCGAAACUAAGUGGGUAGUCCUAAGUUAUGUAUUAUUUGACUUACCAAAUAUUUUGUGCCUUUUAUAUAUGUAAGUAUGUUUUGAUGUACCGAUCGAUUCAGAGCCGCUGGUGGCCUGUCCGGCUUGUAAUAGCUUUGACAUUUGACAUGUCGGUGGAAGAAACACUCUGUAGUAUAUAAGUUUCAGAUUCGGUAUCUGUACAUUAUAAUGACGGUAUAUUUUUUUAUAAUCUGCAACAGUGAAUCAAUAUGGCGAGAUGAGUUUUAUAAUUUUAUACACACAGCCAUUAAAUAAUUAAUUAUAUUAUCAAGAAUGGUCCUUGGAGCAGGAAAUGUAGAUAAUCUCAUGUAAUGAAGGUGUUAUAUAUAUUAUAAAUGCGUUUCUUAGUUUAAUGGGACUCGUGAUAUGUUGUCUAAGUUACACAGAGUUUUUUUUUUGCUGAUUUUUCCUUUUCAUGUCGCUCCAAUCAUUAUUUCCUUUAUAUUUGUGCGUACUUGCAAGUGAAUGCAGUUUUCUCUCUGUUUCGUUUAAUAUGAAACUCAAUAAAAGUACACAUCUAUACAUUAUGUGCAGCACAAAUAUAAACGUUUAUAGUAUUAUGAAUAUCGCUGACCAUUAUAAAGUAAGCCGUGCCAAAAUGUAACUUUAAUUUUUUACAAAGAACAAAAUUUCCUCCCAAUUGUGGACGUCUUCGUAUCGAGUGAAGCGUUGAUGGUAAUAUUUUUGUAUGGUUCCUAAGUGCUACGGACGUCACAGAUGUAAAGGUGUGGUAUUUAUUGAAGUGUAAAAAUAAUAUAGUUAGUGUAAGGAUGCGUGGAGCGAGUCGUCUGGCGUUUGUAGCACGCUGAGAACAAGUUUCUACAAAUUGUUUUUUUUUUCUCUGAACGCUAGUCAAGUGUUUCGUUACCUACAUACUGUUUUAUGUAUUUUGUAACUUAUAUGAUGUUAUAUAAGAAUAUAUUAAAUCAGUACUGUCUUUAA